AUGGAGAUCGAGCUCGCUUAUGGUGAAUCUCGCGGAUACUGGAAACCUUAUUCACCCGGGAAGUGGUUCAAACAAGCGAAAGCCGUUGGCAAGAUCAACAACGUAAAAGCUACUCUGUUAUUUGAUUCUGGUGCUGAAGUGUCGAUCAUUGACACCACCUUUGCUCGUGAGGUCGGUUGCAAUAUUGACGAAAGUCAACGACAAGAAUGUAUCGGGAUUGGAGAAACUCCGUACAUGACGGUAGGACGUACCAAGAUCAAGGUGACUCUCGCGGGAUCGCUGGUAUACUAUUUCAAUGUAUGGGUAGGCGAUCUAGCAGGGCAAGAAGCGAUUCUGGGUAUGGAUUUUAUGGUGCCUGCUGGAGUGCGGCUCGAUCUAGCGGAUGGCGCGCUAUGUCUACCAGAAGAAAUCCGCAUUCAUCUCGCAGGACGUCGCCCCGCGUACGGAUCGAAGAUACAACAUAUAACGGCGAAGGACCAACACGUGGUGAUCCCGGUCGGAGAGUCAAGGGAAGUGAAGAUCGGGAUCGGAGGGGCUAAGAUGAAGUUGUGGGUCGCUAGAGGACUAGAUUGGGUCCCCACUGUGAUCUCGGGGUGGGGUAAGACGAAAUACCUACAGAUGACCAACAUUGGCGACCGUGAGAUCAUACUGCCCACCCACACUAUAUUAGGCAUGUGGGUCGAAGGCGAUAUGGUACCGCGAACUCAAGGUUUGGUGACAGUCGGGUCGGGGAAGUACAAGGAAUGGCAAACUCUGGCAUAUGAGGCUACGACGGAUCGAGUGAACGAACUCCCGAAAGAACCGAUCGGACCAUUGGUAGAUCGUCCUACGUAUGCCGCUCCCAAACGCAUCUUGAAACGUCCGUCUGAUGCGUUACAGAACCUGUCUCCGGCGAUCUCCACGGUAACGCCGCAAGCUAACGAUGACGAUUCACAAAAGGCAGAUGCUGUAGUUGCGAGGGAAGUAACGGUCAGGGGAGCCGAACUAUCGCGGAUGGAGAACGGUCAUGAGAUCGGUACCCAACAUGCAACGAAGGGAGACCGCGACACCGGGCAAGAAGGGCUACGUGACAGAUCGUAUCUACCGAAGGCUAAGCCGACUUACCGACUGUUGAAAUUGGGCCAGCCGGAAGAGACGAAGGAGCAUAAAUAA